UCGAGAAAAUGAAGAUAAAAGAAGAAUUAGAAACGAAACAUUCGGACUUUACAAUUAAACGAAACGAAGAAAAUUUUGAAGUCGAUUUAAAGAAUUUCAAGAAAGAAUUCAAUACGGAUGUGAAGAGUUAUAAAACAAUUAAAUCGGAACGGAAGAUAAAUAUUAAAGGAAUGCCAAUUUUCACUAACAACACAAAAGAAUCCAUUCGUUGGAGUCACUCUGGUCAUAAAAUCGAAAGAGAUAUUAAGAAAGAAAAAGUAAAACAGAAUUAUGAUGUAAAACAUGGUAUAAAAUCAGAAUGUAAAAUUGUUUUGAAAAAGUUGAAGAUUGAAGUAAAGACUGAAGAUUGUAAAGAAGUUGUUCAUCUCUCAGAUGAUGAUGAACACGUAAUGACUGUCAACAAUGAAUUCUUCACUCCGGACGAAAACUCUAACAGAAACGAAGUGAACAUCCAAAUUGAGGAGGAAGAGCAGAUUCAGGAAUACGAUAUUCAGCGCAAUUCGAAAAAGCAAGAGCGUUAUAAAUAUAAUAUCAAAACAAAGAAAUGCAUUCCUUCCAGUAGAAAAUGCAAUAAAAUUGAUGAAAAGAUUAAAAGGAAAUACUUGAAGUUUAUAUCUGCAUCUCAUUCUAAACAAAAAUUUACUAUUUGUAAGAAGCUAUUCAAAAAUAAAAACACGCUAGAAGAACAUUUGAAAGUACAUAUUGAAAAGUGUAAUAUUUGUAAUAAAGAAUUUAAAACUAAAACCACCUUAAUCAAUCACCAGAAAAUUCAUUUCGACAUAAAACCGUUUCGUUGUGAGAAGUGUAAUAGAGGUUUUAUCACUAAACAUCGAUUAAAAUGUCACGAAGCAACUCAUAAUGAAGACAAUCUUCGUUACGUUUGUGAAGGAAAUUCUUCUAAGAAGGUCUUUGUUACAUCAUAUUGA